UAAAGAGUGGCUCAAAAAAUAUCAUUAGAAACAGGAAGGCAAAAGGGUCCAAUAACAGGACUGGGGGCCCUCAUAGUCACAGGGCCCUAUUGAGGAGGCCUUGUAUAAGCUGUGGGGCCCACAUAUUCAAGUAUAUAUUAAACAUUUGCUUUCAAAGUUUUCAAAGUCAAGGGCCCCUGGGCACUGGCCCGGUCCAUAAUACACCUAUGGCUGAUCUGAAGAACCUGUGUAACGUCAAGAAUUUUUUAAUCUCCAAAGAACCAUACCAACUCAAGAACCCUAACAUUUUAAGAGUAAAUGAAGAGGAUAUUUGCGCUUAUCCUACUUGAUGCAUAAGUUAUGACAGCCUCGGCAAUCUACCCCACACACAGAUGCGUCAAAAGUUGGAGAGGGCGUGCAGGAGCGCGCAUUCAAUCACGGAGCCGAAGGCGCGGUAGCGCGCACAAGAGCGAAGGGGCGGGGAAUACAGGAGAGAGAGAGAGAGAGAGAGAGAGAGAGAGAGAGAGAGAGAGAGAGAGAGAGAGAGUGAGUGCUGGCUGAUCUCUGUCUAUCUCCUACAGACAUCUAUGUUGCAAUACUCAGAGCAGAGAACAUACUGGUCACUGGCAGUGCCAUAACCCAUCAUGCGCGCCGUCUUCUGAAAACGUUCGGCGCGAGGAAUGGCUUAGUCCCAUGCGGAGCGCCGAUGCUGCACGAUGAGUGUAGCGCUGCAAGAUUUACGAAACAACAUGUCUAACUACAAGCGUGCAACAUUUGAGGAGGAUGGGACAGACGUCCCUGACGAUGGAGCCAUCUCUCCUGACUGUGUGGAGGUGGGUUUCCGUAAGGGUGGUAUUCAGUUAUUUGGUCCACUGGGAAGAAGGACUCAGCUGGAGGUGGUUUUGGCCAGUUUGCUUCUCGGUUCACUUCUAGCACUGUUUGGCUGUGCUAUCACACUGGGAGUCCGCUAUAAUAGAGAUCCAUCCCAUAGUAUCUGUCUAACAGAGGCAUGUGUGACCGUGGCUAGUAAGAUUGUGGAGGCUCUGGACCGCUCCGCCGACCCGUGUCAGGAUUUCUACCAGUAUGCCUGUGGGGGCUGGGUCCGUAAAAACCCCCUGCCAGAUGGCAGGUCCCGCUGGAGCACAUUUAACAGCAUCUGGGACCAGAACCAGGCUGUCCUCAAACACCUGCUGGAGAACGGCACCUUUAACUCAAGCAGUGAGGCAGAGAGGAAGACGCAGUCAUACUAUCUCUCCUGUCUGAAUGAACAGCGAAUAGAAGAGCUCGGAGCCCAACCACUCAUCGACCUGAUUGCAAAGACAGGGGGUUGGAACAUCACAGAGUCCUGGGAUAAAGAUAACUUUAUGGAUGUUUUGAAGACAGUGUCUGGACCUUACAGAGCUCAGCCCUUCUUCACUGUUGGUGUCAGUGUGGACCCAAAAAGCUCCAACAGCAAUAUCAUUCAGGUUGACCAAUCAGGACUCUUCUUGCCUUCUCGAGAUUAUUACCUCAAUAAAACAAAUGAGAAGGUGUUGAAGGCUUAUCUGGACUAUAUGGUGGAAUUGGGUUUGUUUUUGGGAGGAGACAAGAAUUCCACCCGGGGUCAGAUGCAGCAAAUUUUGGAUUUCGAGACUGCGCUAGCCAACAUCACCGUGCCUCAGGACGAACGCAGAGACGAGGAGAAGAUCUACCACAAGAUAACGAUAGCAGAGCUCCAGAUGUUGGCUCCAGCAGUUGAUUGGCUGGAUUAUCUCAACUCUGCCCUCUCGCCACUGGAGUUGAAUGACACUGAGCCUGUGGUGGUCUAUGCAAAGGAAUACUUGCAGCAGGUUUCAGAGCUCAUCAACAAGACCGACCGCAGUCUUUUGAAUAAUUACAUGAUCUGGAACCUGGUGCAGAAAGGAGCCUCCAGUCUAGACCAGCGGUUUGAAAAUGCUCAGGAUAAGCUUCUAGAGAGCCUUUAUGGCACCAAAAAGUCCUGUACCCCACGGUGGCAGACGUGCAUUGGGAACGCAGACGACACUCUUGGUUUUGCGUUGGGUGCUCUUUUCGUCAAAGCCACCUUUGACAAACAAAGCAAAGAAAUAGCAGAGGGGAUGAUCAAUGAAAUACGCACAGCUUUCAAAGAUGCUCUAGACGAUUUGAACUGGAUGGAUGAACAGACCCGACAAGCUGCCAAGGACAAGGCGGAUGCCAUAUAUGACAUGAUUGGAUUCCCAGACUUCAUUCUGGACUCCAAAGAGCUUGAUGAUGUAUAUGAUGGGUAUGAGGUCACGGAGGACAACUUCUUCCAGAAUAUGAUCAACUUCUAUAACUUUUCAGCGCGAGUGAUGGCCGAUCAGCUCCGCAAGCCACCAAACAGAGACCAAUGGAGUAUGACUCCACCCACGGUGAAUGCAUACUACAUGCCAACCAAGAAUGGAAUUGUCUUCCCCGCUGGAAUCUUACAGGCACCGUUCUACGCCCAGGAUCACCCUAAAGCUUUAAACUUCGGUGGCAUUGGAGUGGUCAUGGGACAUGAGUUAACACACGCUUUUGAUGACCAAGGAAGAGAGUAUGACAAAGAUGGGAACCUUCGACCAUGGUGGCAGAACUCCUCGGUGGACGCUUUUAAGAAUCGCACAGAGUGUAUGGUCGAUCAGUACACUCAAUACACUAUCAAUGGAGAACACAUAAAUGGAAAACAGACGCUGGGAGAAAACAUAGCUGACAAUGGCGGUUUAAAGGCUGCCUAUAAUUCAUAUAAGUCAUGGGUGAAAAAGAAUGGAGAAGAGAAAAGACUCCCAGCUGUGAACCUGACAAACGACCAGCUCUUCUUUGUGGGCUUUGCACAGGUGUGGUGUUCUGUACGAACACCAGAAAGUGCUCACGAGGGCUUGAUGACAGACCCUCACAGCCCGCCCAAAUACCGCGUUAUCGGCACUCUGUCCAACUCGCCUGACUUCGCAGAGCACUUCCAGUGCCCGCUGGGCUCUCAGAUGAACUCAGGCCACCGCUGUGAAGUGUGGUAGAACCGCUGGCCAGAAGACAUCCACAGCCACCAGUUUGCUUGCACAGAUCAGCCUGGUCAAAAACGCUGACAAUUUGGGCUGUCAAGCACUGUUUUUUAUUUAUGUGCUCAAAUUUAUAUGAGGAGUUGGGCUGAAUGUAGGAGAACAUUGAGCGUGUCCUCCAAUGGUUAUGUUCUCCAAUGAUUGGGCCAACUGAUAUCUAUUUUCCACUACCACCACACCAGCCCAUCCGGGCUCAUUUUAUUUAUUUGUUUGCUGAACUUGAGGGGACGAGGGGCCAAUCAGGGCUCCAUCCAAUGCUUAUUUGUGCGUUUCUGUGCUUCAUACCCUGUUUACAACAAGACUGAUUACUCAUCUUCUGGGAUGGAAUAUUUGACCACUGCGUUGCCACUGGGAGCGCCUCUUUGUGACCUCACAGGAAAUGUUUGGCUCCAUCUGUGAUGACUACACAGGAAGAUCCACGUUCUCAUAGUGACCUCACAGGAAGUGCCGAGCUACAUCUGUAACCCCCACAGGAAGAACGUGCUUUCAAGGAUGAAAGUGUAUUUCUCAAUUGUGAUUUCAUAUAAAUGCUAUUAAAUGGCAGUUAUGACAGUGAUAGCCCCUGUUUGCUCAUCCGACCUGUGUAUGAUGGUGUCAUAGGCAUAUUUUUGUCUAGACAAAGUUGAUUUUAAACUGCUUUUUGCCAAAGAACAAUUUUAGUUUUGUUCCUAGUGAAAGUGGAAAUCCACACUGCUUUGCUUUCACUGUAAUUUCAUAUAGUGUGUUUGCCUAUAGACGUUUACUUGUGUGUGAGCGAUGCAUUUCCGUGUCUAUGUCACCACAUUGUUUGCCAUGUUGUGCUGAAAUUUGUCAAGUCUGCUGAAGUGUUAUAUCACAUAACAUCCUGAAAACCACUAAAAAUAUAUAUUCUUUUGUCUUCUGCUAAACUUCUCAGCAUCCCUAAAAGUGUUUCAGGGAGUUGCAUCAGAGGUGGUGGUAUAACUUUCAAAUAACCCAUUUUAGGUUUAGAUUGCUGCUGUAUGUAAUUCCUUUCUCAGCAUUUUUACUUGCUCUAAUUUGACCCUGAAUGUUUUAAUCUGAUCUCCACUUUCCAUUGCUAAAGCAGACAGACUUUGUUGUAUGGUGUAAUUUGAAUGCUGCCGAUUUCACCUUUUGUUGACCUUAGAUCAGAGUUAAAUUUGACUGUUUGCAAAGCUAAAGCUCCCAGUGCGCUUGGAAUCUUAUUUUAUACAACUCUUCAACAAAGGAAUAAUUCAUCUAAAAGUGAAAAUUCUGUCAUCAUUUACUCAGCCUCAUGACAUUCUAAAGCAUAUGCUUUCUUUUAUUUUUUUCUUUGGAUCCCAAAAAGAUAUGUUGUGAAAGGUGGGUGGUGAUUUAUACUGUCAAGCUCCAGAAAGGACAGAAAGCACCAUAAGAAUAUAAGCGGCAACUCGUGCUAUAUGGCUUGUGUGCUAUAUUCCAAGUUUUCUGAAGCCAUAUGACAGCUUUGUGUGAGGUACAGAAAUUUAAAGGGAUUGUUCACCCAAAAAUUUAAAUUCUCUCAUCAUUUACUCACCCUCAUGCCAUCCCAGAUGUGUAUGACUUUCUUUCUUCUGCAGAACACAAACAAAGAGUUUUAGAAGAAUAUCUCAGCUCUGUAGGUCCAUACAAUAGAAGUGAAUGGUGAUCAAAA